GUCCAAUAAGGUUGAUGAGGAAGGAGAGGACGAAGAAAUAGAAGACGAAGAAGAAAUAGAGGAGGAGGAAGAGAUAGAAACGGAAGAUGAGGAAGAUGAUGAUGAAGAGAGUGAAGAGAGUGCGGAAGAUAAAAGUGAAAAUGAGCAGCAUGGAGCAGCAAAGAAACGACAAGAAGAGGAAUAUCGCUUACAAUAUGAAACGCGUCGAAAAGAGGAAUAUGAACGCGUGGAGCAAGAAUUGAGAAAUUUGCGUGAAAAACAAGAACGACGUCGACGUGAACGUGAACAGGAAGAAAAAGAAUUAGCGGAGAAAAUACGUUUAGCUGAAGAGAAACAUCGUCAAGAAGAAAUAAGUUUUAUUUUCAAAAAAAAAAUACUAUCAUUUGAUAUUAAUUCUCCUACCGAAGAAAGCAAAGCUCGAAUAGAGGCACAAAAACGGAAACGUGAAGAAGAGCGAGGCAAAAAGCAAGCAAUGCUUGCCGGUUCAUUGGCCGGUAUCGUUUCAUCCGGUAACAACUGUAAUCCUAAUUUUGUCAUUCAGAAACGAGAAAAAACGGAACGAAAUAAGAAUGAUAAAGAGAGAGAAGAAAAGGAAGAAGCUAAACGUGCUUACAUGGCAAAAGUGAACCAAAAACCGGAUAUUUCCCAUUUACUGAUAAACGAUUUGAAAAUAAAAAUUUAUGAAUUGCAUUCACAUAUUUGCAAAUUGGAAGCACUCAAAUAUGAUCUUGAAAAACGACACGAACGACAGCUUUAUGAUUUAAAAGAAUUGCAUGAACGUGAAAAGCAAGUAGCACGACAUCGAGCACUUCAACGUGGACUUGAUCCAAAUGAAGCAGCAGCAUCACCACAUCCUCCAAAGAUUAAUGUGGCAUCGAAAUUUGAUCGACAAUUCGACCGUCGAUCCUAUGGUGACCGCCGAAUAAUAUUCGAAAAAGUAACUUUUCCUUAUUCAUUAAAAUAUGUAUCGUGA